CGAUCUGCAGCUCCAUCAGUUUGAGUUUCCGUCGCAGGAACUCGUUCUCCUUCUGGCUCCGGGACAUCUGCAGCUGUACCACCGUGUAUCCGUCGUCCACAACUUUACAGAUCUCCGCCACAGCGGCGUUAGCCAGCACUUCCACGAUGGAGGCGAUCUGAGAGUGGAAGUCCGCGGAGGUCGACAUUAUAUCAGCGAGCCUGAAACACUCGGCUGUUUGAUCAAAUUUAAAAACCUGCUUCCUUAAAACAACACGGACAGUUCUGAGGCAUUGACGUGCAAUCUGAAACGUAUAGCUAGAUGUUUUGACUUGGUCUAAUAAUCGGAUAAAAAGUGUUAACAGGCUGUGUGUGAGUCUUGUUGAUAUGAUGGUUGCACAAUGGCAAUAUUUCACAGUACUUCCCUAUAACUACACUACCACAGCGCCCCCUCUGUUCAGGAGCGGAUCUGCCCCACAGUAACUACAGUGUAGUUUCACAUUCAGGAGACAUUUACUGUACACUCUGGUAUCAACAGCGGACUAAUGUAACUAAGUACAUUUACUCAACUACCCGACUUAAGUAAGAGUUACUUGUACUUAAUUUUUCAUUUUCAUGCUACUUUGUAGAUUUAUGUUACUAGGUUAUUAAUCCCAAAAUCAACACACAUUAUAUUAUAAAUUAAGCUACCCAGUAGUGUAAAAGUAAUUCAAAUAAACCUCACCUUUCCUAAGGGCAACAUUGAAGUGAUGAACACACAAAUAUAACUUUACUUUAAUUAAAUAAUUCUAUAUGGUGCUUAAUAUGACUGUUUUGCUUAAGACCACAGUUCUAUAUCAGAAGAUAUAACGAUAGGAGGCAGCAGUGCGCUUCACCGUGCCCGAUCUGCCGAAAAAGACGAAGAGGUGUCCACACUCCAGCACAGCAGGGGGCGGUAAUGCGCCCAGAAGGUCUGCUGUUCUGCCGACAUUAAACACAGAGAAGAAGACACAAGGUCAGUAACACGUGCACGCGCAAUAUACCGGGAGUGACCACAGCAGUCAGUUAGAGAAGGAUUUUCUAGAAGCAGCGACAGAGUUCUCCGGUUCUUCAGUCCGGGUUAUCAUUAUCCAACUGUCUCAAAGAUGGCCAGAGGAAGCCGCAGCCGCCCCUCAGCUCCAGCCAGCCAUCCUGUAUCCCAUGGUCCGGCUCCAGCUCAUGUGGCUCCAGCUCAUGCGCCUCCCGCCGCCCUGGCCCCGCCUGCCACUCCCGCUCCAUCCCAGGGCCCUGGCCUGAUGGCCCAGAUGGCCACCACAGCUGCUGGGGUGGCAGUGGGCUCCGCUGUGGGCCACGUGGUUGGCAGCGCCCUCACAGGAGCAUUCAGCGGCAGCAGCAGCAGCAGCAGCCCAGAGCCAGCCAAGCCCACAUACCAGGAGCCCCCCCGGCCUGCUCAGGCCCAGCCCGGCCCCUGUAACUUUGAGGUCAGACAGUUCCUGGACUGUGCCACCAACCAGUCUGACCUGAGUCUAUGUGAGGGCUUCAGCGAGGCUCUCAAACAGUGCAAGUUCUCCCACGGUGUGACAUCGCUGGUGUGAAGGAUGGUGGUCGUCUGUGAAGUCGGACACAUUUCAAUAAUGAAACUUACUGUAGACAUGACCGCAUACUAACUCGUAAAUGUGAACAUACCUCGGGCAGAGAGCAUGUUGGUUUUGUUGAUGAUGACCGUGUAAUGUUUAAAUACAUUAGAAUAAUGUACAGAAUGUUUUUGGUAUGUACAGGCAAGAACCUUUAAUAAAUAGCUGCUAUGACCUUGCACAUAA